ACACCACCCAAGCGAUUMUUGUACGGAACUCCUUUCUCCUCUCUGUUCCCGAGUUACCGGAAUCAGGCAAACCGUCGUUCAUAUAGACAGACAAUCAGAAAGUGGGCGGGGGGAAGACUGAGAGUGGGAGGGUGAGUAUAAAUGUGGAGGAGAUCGGCCUCGUUCGUUCUCGAUAAGCAACGGCAGCAGCCUGACGAGAGCAGAACAGAGAGGCUCGACAUGUCCGAAAGACCCGAAACCCUAGCAAACCCAAACCCUAACCCUGGAAUCUCGGCCUACUACGAGACCAGAGCGGCUCAUCACGGCGUCGUUACCAGCGACUGGCUGGCCCAGGCCCAGGCCGCUGUCACCCGUGACCCGGCCGAUUUGACGCUGGAAAAGGGCUUAGUCGCUCCCGCUGCUUCUAGCUCUGGAUCUGCAAAGGCUUUUAGCGUCAUCGACGAGUUCAAUCGGUGGAGGAAACAGCCCGACCUGGCGGAAGCUGUGGCUGCGAUUCUGGCUUUGACGGCCGUGAUUCGAACAAGUGAGGCUACAACUAUGAUGGAGCUCGAAAUUGAGCUGAAGAAGGCCUCGGAUUCGCUCAAAUCAUGGGACACAACCUCAAUUUCCUUGACUGCUGGUUGUGAUCUAUUCAUGCGAUAUGUAACCAGAACCUCAGCUUUAGAAUAUGAGGACUUUAAUGCUGCAAAGUCUCGUUUGAUUGAACGUGGAGAGAAGUUUGGGGAGAUAUCUCGCAAGGCACGCAGGACCAUUGCAAUGCUUAGUCAAGAUUUUAUAUUUGAUGGUUGUACUAUCUUGGUCCAUGGUUUCUCAAGAGUUGUAUUGGAAGUUCUAAAGACUGCAGCACAAAGUAAUAAACUCUUCCGGGUUUUGUGCACAGAAGGAACACCAGAUAGGACAGGGUUACGAUUGGCUAAUGAGCUUGCAAAGCUGGAUGUUCCUGUAAAGCUUCUAAUCGAUUCUGCAGUGGCCUAUGCAAUGGAUGAAAUUGACAUGGUGUUUGUUGGGGCUGAUGGAGUCGUUGAAAGUGGAGGGAUAAUCAACAUGAUGGGAACAUAUCAGAUUGCAUUGGUGGCUCAUGGCAUGAACAAACCGGUUUAUGUGGCUGCUGAAAGUUACAAGUUUGCACGUCUCUAUCCUCUUCACCAGAAGGACAUGGCCCCUGCCCUACGCCCAAUUGAUUUUGGGGUCCCAAUACCAAAAGGAGUUGAGGUUGAAACAUCUGCUAGGGAUUACACCCCUCCCCAGUAUCUCACACUUCUGUUUACAGAUCUUGGUGUUCUAACGCCCUCAGUGGUCAGUGAUGAACUGAUCCAACUGUAUUUGUAGUUGACUGAAGCUAAUGCCUCCAAGUUGCUCACCGAAUUGUUUGGUUAGCAUAUUAUAACAGACCUUGGAUUUGCUCUAUACGAGAUUUUUAUGGACUUGUGAGGUUCUUAUAGGCCCAAAGAUUUAUAACAGACCUUGUUGGUAUUUGCAAGCUGCUUUUGUCCUACGAUAACUUAUAAUAGCCUUGUUUGAGCGGGGUGGUGGGUAGGCGGGUUUGGAUUUGCAUUGCAGUAUUGCACUCAAGUGCUGAAAAUUCUCUUAGGCUUCAAACCAAACAUGACUUUAAUGGUUUAUAUUUGGAUUUUGAACUUGGCUUAAUGCCAUGAACGGUUGAAGGGAGAUCAUACAAUUCGAAGCAGCAUUUCCUAUCCGUUUGUUCUCA